CCGAUAAUUACGUCACGUGGUCGCUCCCCGGUGAAUCAGGUUUACGCCGAGCGGAAAAUCGUUCUGAUCUCGCAACUGUGCGGGUGUCCUCACCGAGCGCGCCGUAAGUUUACUUCUCAGGAACUGUUCGCGUCUCCUUAAAGAUGUGACUGUCGAGAAGAAGCUAUGAAGAAGCUGCUUCUACUAAGUUUGUUGCUCGCGAACGCUGGAGCUUCGCCUUCAAGUCUGAGGAUAAAAGGUGAGUCAGUGCAGAGGAUUGUGAGAAGACAGUCUCAGUCGUUACCCGAGUCACAUGAUGUCCAUCCCAUGAGGGCCCUCAACCUACCAGGCAGCCACGUCAGGGCACCAAGACAAGUGACACUGCAUGAGCACUUAAUGAAACCAGCCAAUCACAGCGCAGACUGCUGCGAGAACGGCGGCACGUGCAUUCUGGGAAGCUUCUGCAUGUGUCCUGCGAACUUCACGGGCCGUUACUGCGAGCAGCACGCGGUGACUCUUCCCUGCGGAGACGUGCCGCACAACGAUUGGAUGUUCCAGGGGUGUAGUCUCUGUCGCUGUGGCAAUGGAACGUUCCUGUGCAUCGAGCACAUGAGGCCCAACUGCGAAUCUGAGCGAGACGUGGUGAACGUGGUCAACCGGGAGGGCAACCUGAAUCCGCUGUCCGUUCUGGACUUGUUCGACCAAUCACGGAACAGCAGCUCUUCUGCCCGAGGUCUACACCGCGGGAUGGAGAUGUCGCUUCUUGUCAGUCUCCUGGCAACCGUUGCCAUGGGAACAACAUCUGGACACGCGUGGUGAAAUAUGAUUGACAGCCUCGCAAAGUUGUUGCUUGUAACUCCUGGCAACUGUUGUCAUGGGAACAACAUCUGGACACGCGUGGUGAAAUAUGAUUGACAGCCUCGCAAAAUUGUUGCUUGUAACUCCUGGCAACCGUUGUCAUGGGAACAACAUCUGGACAUGCGUGGUGAAAUAUUAUUGACAUGUGCCUCUCAAAGUUCUAACUUGCUUGUAAAAUGAUGUAGUGAGGACUAAGCACAAAAUUGGCAAAGGUGGCGGUAUGGAAAGAUCACCAGUCGAGGAAAAGUCACUGGGGGAAAAGUCACAGGAUGGUUGAAACCUGCUAAAUUGCAACAAGGAAUUCUGAAGCUGGCUGUACAGAAAUAUCCCUGAAGCGUUGUCAUGGUAAUUGAUACAGACAUGUUGAAACAUGAGAAGGAGCAGGUGAAAGGGUCUCCAAGCAGAUGUUGGUUGGAUGAAAUUUUUGACAGCCUGGCAACCCUGACACGUGUACAUGGUACUCUCCAAGCAGAGCUUCGACUGUUCUCAGACAGGCUUUUGGGUGUUUUUGGAAUUAAGAAAAUUAGAGAGCCUGACAAAAAUGCCCCCCAAACACUGCCAAAAGACAGCUGGAGCCAAACCUCUGUUUGGAGAAUAGCGCAUGUGUGUCAAAACCGGCAGCCAGAAAACAUCACGAUCUUCCAUCCAACAUCUGCUUGAAAAUACGUGCCACUCUGGUGUACACAAGUUUGACUCCUGGCUGUGUAUGAGGAAAGUUGUGGAUGGCAGAAAAGUUAACGAGUAUUUAUUUAGAGCAGCCGAUGCUGCCAAGUUUUAUUGUGUUGAAUUUCUUACAGUUUCUUGAUUUUUUUAAUGAUUUAGCUUCUAGCUGGCUGGAAUAUUAGGAGAUAACAAAGAUGCCAAAGAUGUUUAAUUUGCUUUGAAGGGCAAAUCUGAAGUAUGGUUUCAUUGAGCUAUCGGCAUAUGUUGUUAUAAUCAUUUGUUUAUGUAUAUAUUACAGAGUUUUACUUUCUUUGUUAAUUUUUAGUCUUUUGAGUUAAAAAAAAAUAAAGCCGCACAAUCUGAUCUUUGA